AGCGCCAUAGCCACGGUAGCCCUGGCGACAAGAACCCAGCAACGAGAAUCAACAACAACAACAACUGAAUCCGCCAUAAAAAUAAAAGAAGAGAAUAAACCGGUGAGAAAGCCCUACGUGGACCUAGAGGGUGAUCCCCAGUACUUGUAAUGGCCACCUCAGGCUAUGUAGGUGAGAUUCAACCAGCAGCCCAAACCCAGGGGGCUGUUGUUACCGUCACACCGGGGCAACCUGACGGCAGCUCCACCCCUCCAACUGCCCCUCCAUUUCUGGCUGAGAUUCAGACUACUGUGUCCACACCUACCAUCGUCACACCCACAGGCCAAACCACUCAUGCAGAUCCAGAUGCCUCCAUCACCACUCAGAAGCCGGCAGCUGGAAGUCAAGCCCAGUCCACAGCUCAGCCCCAGCCGGCCCAGACACAGUACGUGACUGCAGAGAUCCAGGGCUCCCCCACAGAGUCAGGAAAUGCUCAAAGCACUCCUCAAUACAUUGUUGUCACAGUCACAGAGGGCUCCCUUCACUCAAGUGACAGUGUGUCAGACUCUAGCCCCCCUCCAGCUGUGGUGCAAACCGGUGUUCCCACACAGGUCGUCCAGCAGGUGCAGACAGCUCAACAGAGGUCUGUGGUGCAGGCCACCUCUCAGAUAGCCAAGACUGAGCCAGGUACGCAGCUCAGUGUCACCAGUCUACAGCCUGUCCACAUCAGCCCAGAGUUCCUCCCUAUCACCAUGGUAGUCAGGGAUAGCUGUAUAGAAGAAAAACAACAACAGCACCAGAUAGGACAGCCAGAGAGCCAGGCCGGGGCAUCAGGAGACCAUUUUAAAGAAUGCAGUGAAAGGGCAGUCUGCUUCCCCUUCAACGUCGCCAUGGGACUUCUCCAGUUUUACCAAUCAACGUAUUUACCUUUUGUCCAUGCAGAAAAAGAGAUAAGAGACCACCUUGCUGUCACAGACCCUAACAGCCUGCCCCUGCAGGCUCCAUCUGCAGCUAUGCAAGUCCAGCAGCAGCUCACAUCAGUGCCAGUGCAACAUGUGUACACCAACCAGGUGCAGUAUGUGGAAGGAGGAGACAGCAACUACACCACCAGCACUAUUCGUUCCGGCACCUUCCCUUACACUGACACCCCCCUGUACACCCAGACCACAGCAUCACAGUAUUAUGAGGGUCAGACCACCCCCGGCUCUCAGGCCUCCACUCCUGGCACACCUCUGACCGUCUCUGUGACUACUGGCACAACUGGGGGUGUUUCUAUGUUUGUGGCCCAGCCCUCAAGUGCAGCGGGGGGAGCCGCCACAGUGGUGACCACAGGUGGUACCACCAAUGGGGCAGGGGAAGGGGCAGGCACAAACGGGGGCGCAGCUGGCAGCUACGUGAUCCAGGGGGGUUACAUGCUGGGCAGCAGCAGUGGAGGGGCAGCUGGCAACAGUCAGAACUACUCCCACACCGCCCGCGCCUCUCCAGCCACUGUGAGUAUUACAGAGGGCGAGGAGAGUAGCGUGCCGUCGGCAGACAAGAAGGUACAGUGGUUGCUGGACAACUAUGAGACAGCUGAAGGAGUAAGUCUGCCACGUUCCACUCUCUAUUGCCACUACCUGCUGCACUGCCAGGAGCAGAAACUAGAGCCUGUUAAUGCUGCCUCUUUCGGAAAACUCAUCAGAUCUGUGUUUAUGGGGCUUCGUACACGUCGUCUGGGCACACGUGGUAAUUCUAAAUAUCACUACUAUGGGCUGAGGAUCAAGGCCGGCUCCUCUCUCCUCCGUCUGAUGGAAGACCAGCAACAUCUGGCCAUGAGGCAGCAGCCCUUCUCACAGAAACAGAGAUUGAAGCCAGUUCAUAAAGUAGAGGGGAUGACCAAUGGAACAGCAUCAGGAGCUAGCCAGCAGCAGCAACAGCAGCAGCAGGGGUCUGGGCAGGUGGACAUCAGCACCCAGGUUCAGCAGUACCAGCAGUUCCUGGAUGCAUCCAGAGCACUCCCAGAGUUCCCAGACAUCGACCUUCAGGGGAAGUCUCUACCAGAGGGCAUUGAGCUGGAGCACAUAAAGAGCUUUCAGCUGCUUUACAGAGAACACUGUGAGGCAAUUCUGGAUGUGAUGGUGAAUCUGCAGUUUACCCUGGUGGAAACUCUGUGGAAAACCUUCUGGAGGUUCAGCCAGAGUCAGGCUGGAGAUGCCACGUUGUCUGUUCACGAUGAGUCAGAGAAGCGCCUCCCAAAGACCUGCCUGGUGUUGCUGUGCAAAUACGAGCCAGUGCUGCGCUGGAGUCGUGACUGUGACAACAGCCUGUACCAGGGCCUGGUGGAGAUCCUCAUCCCUGAUGUCCUCAGGCCAAUCCCCAGUGCCUUAACUCAAGCCAUCCGUAACUUUGCCAAGAGUCUGGAGAGCUGGCUGACGAAUGCUAUGAUGAACAUCCCUGAGGAGAUGGUUCGCAUCAAGGUAACGUCUGCCAAUGCAUUUGCACAGACGCUGCGUCGCUACACCAGUCUGAACCACCUCGCCCAAGCAGCCCGCGCUGUUCUCCAGAACACGGCACAAAUCAACCAGAUGCUCUCUGACCUCAACCGCGUCGACUUUGCUAACGUCCAGGAGCAGGCUUCAUGGGUGUGCCGGUGUGAAGACCGUGUCGUUCAGCGACUAGAGCAAGACUUUAAGCUGACCCUGCAACAGCAGAACUCUCUGGAGCAGUGGGCUGCAUGGCUCGAUGGUGUGGUCACACAAGUCCUGAAACCAUACCAGCACAGCCCCGCUUUCCCCAAGGCCGCCAAACUGUUCCUGCUUAAGUGGUCCUUUUACAGCUCUAUGGUGAUCAGGGACCUGACCCUGAGGAGUGCCGCCAGUUUCGGUUCCUUCCACCUGAUCCGCCUGCUGUAUGACGAGUACAUGUACUACCUGAUCGAGCACAGGGUGGCCCAGGCCAAAGGAGAGACUCCCAUUGCUGUCAUGGGAGAGUUUGCCAGUCUAGGCCGGGGUCUAAGCCAGCUGGAUCCUGACAAAGAAGAGGAAGAGGAGGAGGAGGAAGAAAGUGAUGAUGAAGGUCAGGAGCUGUCCCUCCCCCCAGAUGGGGCCGUGCUUGGAGACGAGUCUCUGGAGCCGCCGGCCAAACUGGCCCGAACUGACCAGAGAGUCCUGUUCACGACCGGAUCAGCCGACAACUAAACUGAGUAUCUCUGCAAGCAGACCUGGUGAAAACUGAGAAUCCACAGACAGAUGUACAAAGAACACAACUUUCUACACUCAACACAUGUAAAUAGAUCUUUAAUGUGUGUGUACUGUAACAGUCCCACAUGUUUACGCACACAUUCAAACCACACAUACACACACACUACACACCACACUCUGUCAGUACUGCUGCUGCCUGGAUGGCAUGACCAUCUGUUGGUCUCAUCCAUUCAACACGUUCACGUUUAAGGGAUUUCACCAAACAGACUUUCUCAGUGCAAAAAGAGCAUUUCAUCCUUCGGUUGUACUGUUUUGUAAAAAUGAACUGAAGCCAGGCAUGUUUUUGUUUUCUCUCAUGGCAUCGCUACCCGCAACAGCCUUCUGUCUCCCUGCUGAGAAACUUUGCUCAUCCUCCUCAAAGUGUCACUGCCGUAUCAAGUGGUCUUGAAAAUACUGUGGUGUGUGCGUGUAAACUUCUAAGGUGGGUCCUCAACAGUAAAUUGUACCUGAUUUAGUUGUUAAUAAUCCGUUAUUUGUGUUUGGACGCUGUUUCUCCUAGAGGGGGGGACAUGUAAAGGCAGCGGGCGGUUUGGAAACUGUUGGGCAUUUAUCUUGUUUGGUUGUGUUUUUGUGCGAGCGCUUCUGUAACUCCUGGAGGCUGAGCAAACACGCUCGUCCACGAUGGGAUGUGUUAAUGUGUGCGUGUGAUCGUGAGUAGGGCUGGGCGAUAUGGACCAAAAAUCUGAACUAGAUAUUUUUAUCUGUAUGGCGAUACACGGUGUAUAUCUCAAUAUUUUUUUUAUGUGAAGAAAUAACAAAUGUUUGUCACGUUACCAGAAUUCUAACGUAUAAUUCUAGAAAAAUUAAACUACACUGAAACCUGUUUGAUACCAGCGUAAGACACUAGAAGUCCUAAGGCUCAUCUAUGCUCGACGCAUGUAUUAAAAUAGAUCUGUGCAUUUUCAACUUUACAACUGUCAUUGCCCUCAUACUGAUGCGUCUGUUAUGUUGGGGCAGAUAUUAGAACGAAUCCACCAGAGGUUGUUGUCUCACAUCAAGCUACUUUGAUGCCGCUCUGUCUGUCCCGUAGACAGAUGAAGGAACAUUCCGUCCCCUGCCCAGGUGUGCUCCUGUAGUUGUCUGUCUCUGUGCCAAAGUGAGCUAACAUCAUUAAUGUUUGUGUUUUCUAAAAACUCACUCAAUAUUCUGCAAUAUUUCCUCCUUUUUUUUAAUGACUCUUCUUUUUUUUAUUUUGCCACUCUGGGUUGAACUAUUGGCACGGUUGCUCAACACUGCCCCUAUGGCUGGUGGUAUUGCAACCUUUGGUCCAAAUCUGUAAGCUUAGAGAAAACAGGCAAAAUUAACAAAGUGUACGGACAAAAAGGUCCGUACUGUUGGGCAUUUUCACAUUUUCAGUCAUCAAAAAUGGAUGUAAGACUCCAACACACUGCUGAGACUGUGAAAAAUAUUAAUAAUACUUUUGGUAUAGUUUGCAGUUGACAUCACGCCAGCGAUGAAGUACAGAUGGACGACAGGGAGUGACUUCUGCAUAGAGAAAAAUGCAGAAGUUUUGCACUUUUUUUUUUAGGUUGUGCCAUCUGUUCAAAUAGCAAAAAAACAUCUAGAGCUACUUUGAGCCCUGAAAGUACUGACAUGAUCAGGCAAAAAGUUUACAAUGGCAGCAGACGUGGAUUUAAAACCUCCGUCCAAAGUCUGGACAAGCAGAAUCAGACAGCCCUCACCCACAGUCACUUUCUACCAAGAGGUCCAGUUUGUUUCAGCACAGUAAACCCUGAUGUUGCUUGUGUUUUCACAGCUGAUGUCCAUCCAGCAUUUCUUGUUAGGAUAGGAAAUCUAUCAUCAUCAUUUAACUCAGCUCAGUAAUAAGAGCCAGUCUUUUGGAUCCUAAACAGCUCUUCAUUUGGUACCAGUCUGGAUUUUUAAAUUUGUAUUAAAUACCAACAAAAAUAGCCAAAAGGAAAUAAGACCCUGAAAAGGAGCCAGCUAACUCCACAAAGAUUAGUUUAUUUGCUUGAUAUUGUAGCACCAUUUUAAACUGUAAGCAUGUUAAUGACUAAACAAGGGAGGAAAGCUGUUGAAGAGGCGUAGCCAGCCUCCUCCUCUUGUCUCCCUUCUAGACUUGAAGAAGGAGGUCUGCAGGAUUGAGUCAGUUGUGAUAUCGUUGGCCUCUGUGCCAGACGUGUGAGAAGUUCCUCUUUUUUGUGUAUGUAUGAACAACAGUCCUAAAAUCAGCGUUUGUUUUAAGAUGCUAAAAUUGCCAUUGUUUCAAUGAUCAGUGCUUUCAAAAAGGACAGAAACUUGAUAAGUAGUCAAUUUUUAGAGUGCAAUGUCUAAAUUGCACAUAUAUGUGUUCAAAGAGCUUUUGUUGACAACAUAUUUCUGCAAAUAAGACAGUGUGGAGGAGUUUGGCUGCAUUUUUUCAUAACUGAAAAUGAUAAAAUGCCCACUAGUGGGACUUCUAUUUUUGUUGCCAUGGUAUCAAACAGGUGUCCGUAUUAUUGUGAAAUAACACUUUAAAUGGAUUCUCUUCACCACUGUCAGUGCCUGUGACUGUAAACCAUCUUUUUUCUAAGCGUAAGGCCUAGUAGGACUUUUCUUCUCUUUUAAAAUCAACAAAAGCAUCAUUAUAAAUGGUGUUGUCUCACCCUGUGUCUCAUUUAAAAAUAUAUCUUGAAAACUCAAUGCAUUGCCCAGCCCUAAAUGUGAGUCUUAUAAAUUGUGGACAGUUUCCUCUGUAGAUAUUUCUAAGGCGUCUGUUAAGGUUUUAUUUUGGAAGGCAUACGUAAAUUUUCUGCUCUGUUUCCUGAAAAGAAAGCAUCGUCGUGUUCUUGGAGUGCCUGUUGCAGCUGCUACACAAACCUGUAAAGAUAAAGCUACAGCUGUGGAACCGAGGCUCUCAUUAGUUGCUGCAAAAACGUCCUCUCCCUUUCACUGAACGUCUGGUUUCAUUAGAGAGGUGCUGUAUGUGUCAUAUUUAAGUGCUUCACUCCUAAACGCUCCUUUGUUGCCUCAUUUUCCUUUGUUUUCUCGCCUUAUUUAAAUCUAUUUUAUCCAUGUGUUUGUGUGCCAAUCCUGUGUGCUUUUACCCAGAUCUCAGCUUUGUUUUUAAGGAGGACUGUGCCUGAGUGGGAACAGUGAUAUAUUUUGCUGUAUAUUUAUCCACUUUUUAAAAUUUUGUUGUCACUAAGUGAACCUCUUGUGCAGUGUAUGGUGCUGUGUUGUCACACAUUGUAAGCAACUUGUGUGUGCAUACUUGAUUUGUGAUUGUACGUUCGGUUUUCGACCCUUUUCAUAUCUGGUGACUUUUCCACAAACAGGCUAAGGCCCUGCCUCUUUGCACAUAUCGUCUCUAAAACUCGAUCAGAGCUUCCUGAAAUCUUUCUCCUUUUCUUUGAAGUCAGAGGUGAUUUAAACCGCGGGUGCAGGUGUGAGAAUGGGUGAAACUAGGGCUGGGAGACAUGAACCAAACCGUCAAAUCUACAUAUUCAGUGAGCAGAACACUGAUAUAUAUAUCCUUAUAAUGGGCAGUUUGCUAUUUUUAAUUAUAUACAAUUACAGACCAACUUUUACAUACUGUCUAAAUUGCACAAAAACAUUGACAACAUGAAUAUUUAAGGAGUAAUACUUUCUAUCAUCUGAAAUACCAUGCUUUAAGACCUUUAAAGUUUUAAUGAUCAGUGGUAUAAAAAGUACAUAAACUCAAUAAUCUUCAGCCAUAUUUUGAACCAAAAAAGGGCACUGUUUAAAUUGCACAAAUAUGUUGGCAACAUUUGGCAAAGUUGCCAACAUAUUAAAACUGUAAGCAAGAGUUUGCCUGCUGGUUUUAUUAAUCUAAAAAAAAGAAUUUAUGCCUCAAAAUGAUCAACUCUCCAUUGUUAUUUAUGAUCUUCAACAGAGGCCCUCACUACUCAUCCAUUCCAGCAACUUUGUCAAAUGUUGCCACCAGAUUUGUGCAAUUAAGAAUGUUUGCAGGAGUUUCCCUGAAGUUUUUGACAUAAAAAAAUUAUCUAGUCCAUCAGUUGCUUCAAAAAGAUAGAUCUCCAGCAUUUGUAUUUAAAAGUACAAGUACUUAAUUCUCUUCAAUGUAAAUUCUUGCUCCUCGUACAUGACAGCCACUUAUCCAAAUGUUGCCAACACAUUUAUACAAUUAAGACUGUUUACAGUAGUUUUUAAAAAGAGCUGGUGGAAGUUCUCUUCCUUUUCACCACUUCCACCCAAUUUUCCAAAAGUUGCCAACAUAUUUGUGCCAUUAAGACAGUGUACAGGAGUUUGCUCGCAAUUUUUGGUAAUUCAAAACAAUUUAUUAAUUGCCUCAAAUUGAUAAAAAUUUCCAUUAUUUAGAUGAUUGGUUGUGAAAAAAGUUCAAGAACUUAAAAUGCUCCAAAAGAAAACUUUGCAGCUCACUCAUUCCAUCCAUUUUUACAAACUGUAUUGACAUAUUUAUGCAAUUAAGACAGUGUGUAGGGGUGUUUCUGCAGUUUUAGAUUAUUAGACACAAUAAAUAACCCAACAUAUGUCUAGGAAUUCAACUUUAGUUGUGGAUGUAUCUAAGAGAUAUCAAUAUCAUAUUUAAAUUGCAAAAAAAAAAAAAAAAGAUUUUGAAAAAGAUAAAAACCUCCAUAAUUUUAAUGAUAGGUGGUAUAGAAAGUACAGAAACGAAAUGAUCUCUGGUCAUAUUUUGAACCAAAUGGAGGGAGAGCACUGUCUAAAUUGCAAAAAGAGGUCGGCAACAUUUGGAAUAAUGGGUUGAAUUGGUGCCAAGUCAGGCUUUUGCUCCUUCUACCCACUUUUCUCAAUGUUUUCAACACAUUUCUGCAACUAAGACAAUGUACAGGAGUUGGCCAGCAAUUUUGGUUAGAUUGUAUUUACAUUGAAACGAUGACAGUCUCCAUUAUUUUAAUGAUCAGUGGUAUCAAAAAGACCAGCAACUCAAUAAUCUUCAGCCAUAUUUUGAACCAAAGAGAGAGAGCACCGUCUAAAUUGCACAAAUAGGUUGGCAACAUUUGGAAAAAGAGGGGGGAGCUGCCAAAGAGUAAGAGGUUCCCUCCCCUCUGGCUACUUCCUCUCAAUUUACCAACUGUUGCCAACAGAUUUGUGCAAUUAGGAUGGAGUGCAAGAGUUUGUCUGGAAUUUUUUUAAUCAACAGAAACAAUAAUUAAAACUAAAAAAACUGAAUAACAUCUAGGAGUUCUAUUUUAGUUGCCUUGGUAUCUAAGAGAUAUCAAAAUCAAAAAGUCAAAAUGAGGGAGAGAAGUGUCUAAAUUACACGGAUGUGUUGGCAACAUUUGAAAAAGUAGGUGGAACUUGUGAGGAGAGAGCAUUUCGCCCCCCUUGUGCCACUUCUACCUAUUUUUUCCUCAGUGUUUUCAACAUAUUUCUGCAAUUAUGGCAAUGUGUUUGCCUUAAAUUUUGGCUUUUAAAAAUAACAAAUUGCCAAUUAUUCUGGGUCCGGGACACUUAUCUUUGUUGCUGUGGAAUCAAACAGGUGUCAAUAUCUUUGGAUUUUUUUGAUACCAAUAAAAACACUCCUAAAUUAACUAAGGCUCAAUUUUGUCCAAACAUUUCAGAUAUUGUUGUGGACCCAGAAUAUUGUCUUACUCUAAAUGCUGUCUGAAAAUACAGAUAUUUAAAAAAAAAAAAAAAAAAUGGACAUAUCACCCAGUCCUAGUCUACAUCUUGGUGUGGUUUUGAGUGUUUGUGACGUGACAGACGUGAUGGCUAAUUUCUGCACAGUCCUCCAGCGACACUCAUCUCCCUGCACUGUGCUCUCAUCUCGCUGCGUCUCCACCCUCCUGCCAAUGGCUUUGUUUUGCUUCAAACAUCCAUAUUCUUAAACACUGUUUGUCCUGAUUGGUAGACAUGUCAUAUUUGGGAUUUUUUAAAUGCAAUGUCUUUAACAGCUGCAGUUUGCAUCAGCAGCCUCAAACCAGCACAUCAUCCUCUGUAUGGAGUUUAAUGCUACCACAGCUGAGUACAUAUCACUCCGGUUCUGAUCUACAGCGUAUAGAAUGGCCAUUGUUUACCCUGUAAGAAAAACGUUUAGUCACUUUUAUAGUGCAUUGUUUCUUAUGUACAAAACACGUUGGAAAAAAAAAGAUGUUCAGUGGCAGUGUUUUAUGAAUUUGGUCUGCUGUAAGUAUGACUGUGCCUUUGGAGGUGGUAGAAUGCAAUUCAGAUGUUUUUAAUUUUAAAGAUAUAAAUUAAAGAGUUUUUAAAAUUG